UACGCGAGACAAACUGCGAGGCUGCGCGGACAAGCAUGAAUAGAUCAAGGCGGGAAAGCGUCAAACAACUCUCAGAGAACAAAAGAAGAAAAAACGACGAAGACACCCACACAGCGGCGAGUUCUGUGGAUGGACAGACAAAAAGCGACUCAAACUCAUCAGAAGGAGGAGGCAAACGGGCGAGAGAUGCGAGAGAGAGUGUGAAUGGGCAAGAGCUGUCAGACGGACCACGUGUGACUAGAGAUAGAAAACGUUCAACAACACGGCGAAUACCAUUUCAAGAUCGACCUUCAAAGGGAAGAAAAGGAAGAAAGAGGAAGUCAGUAAGAGAGGAAAGUCAAAAUGAUGUGUGUAGGGUGGAUAGUGAUGAGGACCUUCCUGUAUCGGGUGUUGUCAGCGAUGAGACAAGAGCAUGUGGAGAUUGUGUCCCUGAUGCACUGAGGAAUGGCCAAGUUGUGUGGGUGAAAGUGAGAAGGUAUCCACAUUGGCCUGCUGUGAUUGUCAAGAUGCAAUUGAAGCAACAAAGAAAGCGACACGUUUUUGUCAACUUCUUCAAUUACGACGGUCCCUCAUACGCCUGCAGAAAUCCGAGGAAUAACAUUCGACCAUUCAAUGCCGAAAACAACCAGCUGAGAAAUGGCUAUGACAGUUGGAAGGACAGGAAUAUGCAAGAGGCUUUUUAUGUUGCUCUCAACUUGGCAGAUUCGUUUAUUCUUCAACGAGGACUACAGACAAGCUGUGGUGAAGCAACUCCAGUCAGUGCGGAAAAGCAAAAACAAUUCGACGAAAUAACAAAGUUCUGCAGUCUUCAAGCCUACAAACCAUCGAUUCCUUCCACUCGAGUCACCGGCAGAUACUCUAGUGUUGCUGCUCCUGUUUUCAAAUUUGAAGUUGGAGAUGAGAGUGACUCUGAUAGUGAAAAUGAUGACGAGGAGGAGGAGAGGGAGGAUGAAGCUGCAGCUGACAAGUUGACGGAGCUGGAACAGACUAUCCAUGCAGAAGAAACGUUGCCUCAAUAUAAUGACAUGACAUUUGUGAUAAAUUUUGUAAAGACAUUGAGAGAUGAACUCUUCAAGAUUUUCACUAGAGAAGAAGUUUGUGAUAGGCAUACAAAAUUCUUCAGUCAGAGAGCUGCUGAGAGAAAUAUGCUCAAACGUAUGUCAGGAUUUGGACCAGUGCAAGAAGAUUUGCAUGAGAAACUAAUCAACGAGCUACACACCAUCCUCAACACCUUCAACCCACCGACCAACCUCAGCAACAACAACUAUGUAUUUGAAGUUAUGCUACCCGAAACAAUCACAAGACUAAUCAGUGACGUCGAAGAAAUCCCUCACAACGAGGCGAAAGACAAGUAUCUCGCUCACAUCACCGGUCAAACCUAAUCCAUUGCCAUUCAUUCGUUUGAUACUAAAACUCAAUCUUAGAAAUUCAG